UGAACAUUAAAGUCAUUCGUAGAAGGAUAACCUAUCAUUCAAUCACUAAUCAGCUUGAGUCAAGACUCCACUUUCUCUCUUGCCAUACCAGACACAUUCGGCCGGAGAGGAAAAGCUUAGGGUUGGGUACAUUGCAUAGACAUUCGGUCAUGAGCACGUAUUAAAUAGCAGCGACCAACAAGCUUGGUAUCAUCUAAUCAAAGUGUACUUGGUAAUUAAUCUCUAUGAAGGGGUCGGCCUCGGAAUAACCUUUCUGUCCCUGGCGGCAUUCUGACUAAUCUGGUCUAUUACUUGGCGCUAACCUCGAUCCGGCCAGGCGCGAUAUUUUUCAGCAUCAACUUUUUUUCACACAAGCAAAACAUCCAAACGCGGGAAGUACAUGUGUUGAGAGAGAGGAAUAUAAAGAGAGAGAAAGAAAAGAGAGUUUUGCCAGGCGGCCGGAUUCAAACAUCCCAUCCACUCCACCGUAUAACCCCGGUACAGCUCCCGACAAAUUUGCGGAUCUGCACAUUCCGCUACUCUCCUCCCCCUCUCCGCCUCCUUCAAUCCCUUACCGCAUCUCCCCCUCGACAUAUCUAAUAUAAAAACCAUGGGGACCAAGAAGGGCUCAAGAGGCCCCGUGUCGAAAAUCUCCUCGGCCGCAGCUCCAUCAGCAUCCCCCUCACCUCUCUCUGCAAAUAAAUCUUCCAUCCUCCGCUCCGCAUUCUCCCCAUCCGAGUAUCAACUGGCGCUUUUUGCAUCUGUCAUCCAGGGCCUUGACUCGCAGCAUCUCCGCGUGCAUGAGAUAGGUUCGGGCCGUCUACAUUGCGAGCAUGCAGUGAAUCCAAGAGAAGCCAUCACUUCGCUGGAUUGGGGGUACUAUGGUGAUUCUCAUCAGGGCAGAGAUCGCGAUCAACAUACGAAGAAGAAACGCAAGCGCAGCUCAUCUGGGGUAAAUGGCAUUGUCAAUGCUGAUGGCGAUAAUGCGAGCAAUGUGGCUAUUGCCUUUGGUACAAGUUCGUCUGAUAUUCGAAUGUACUCGCCCGCUGAAGAUAGGAUCGUUGGGACUCUUUCGGGCGGACAUGAAAAGGGUAUUAGGGAUUUUAAGUUCACGGUGAACAAUCCGGGGGCUGAAGGGUGGAGUAUUGGUGGCGACGGGAAGCUUGUGCAGUGGGAUCUAAAAGCUGGCCGGAGUAUACGAGUCAUUUCUCUGCCGUCAGCUUCUGUCUCUGCGCUUGCGCGGCCCGUUCCAUCCAAUCCUCCUAUCCUAUGUGCUUCACAAACGCCGUAUCUAAUAGGCCUUGAAGGCACUGAUGGUGUGGUCUCGUUCAGUGCCAUGAAAAACUCCAUCCAUACACUAAUACCGUCUUCCACUGAUCUUGGAAAUCUCUCAGAGCAAUUCCUUGCUUCUGAUUCUGACCGUUACAUCAACAUCUUUGAUAUCCAGAAAAAGAAAAUCGCAAAUACUCUAGUGGCUGAGAGCGACAUAGAUCAAUUGGCGUUCUAUUCGGCCCCUCAGAAGGGCGGCCAGGGUAAGGAUAGUAAGGAAUCUACAAGAUCAGAUCAAUUGCAAAGACAGUUUCUUGCUGUAGUUACGCAGAAUGGUGUCAUCGAAUUGUUUUCUAAACCCUUUCACCAACUCCAGUCUGCCGGUUCCGCGCACAGUCUGAAGCCGCGAGGAAAAGCAAUGACACGCCGUGCGGAAGCUGUAAUUAAGAUUGUCAGACCUGAUAAAUCUCGAACAGUGGUACCUGUCGCUUCGGUUAGCUUCCAGGGACCUGAUUUGGUCGUUGCAUGGGCUGAAGGCGGUGUUAACCUGGUGUUUGAAAGGAUACGUUGGCAAGACGAGGAUACAGAAGAACUCGUGUUCCAGGGAGAGAAGGAAAUUAUGCGCGGCAAGUCCGCAUCCAUGCUUGGAUCCGGAAUGAUGAAUGGAGUCAAGAAUGUUGGUAGGACUCAAGUGGAUGAGUCCCAUGCAGUUGUGGAACAAGGCGGGGUUGCAGAAGGAAUCCCCAUGGAAGAGGAGGGCGAGAAACAGAGAACCCACAUUCCAGUCCCCAGUGAUGAUGAGGAAGAAGCCUCUGAUGAAGAGGAUGAAGAUGAGGACAUGGAGGAAGAAAAAGAAGACCCCGCACAACCCAAACACGCGUCAGAGCCCGCAAAAACACAAGAGCAACAGGAAGAUAUCGACAUGGUGGACGCCGACGCAGAAGAAGGUGGCGAGCCCUCCUUCGGCGAACUUGUCCGCGCCCACGCCGCCGAACCCAUCGACGUCGAAGCAGAGCUCGACGACGCAAACGCAGAUAUAGACGCCCACACCCGCGCCCUUACCUCUACAGCCAACAAGUCCAACACCGCUCUCCAGCUCCCCACCGGCCUCUCUCUCUCCACCGUCCUCUCCCAAGCUCUCACGACGAACGACAACUCCCUUCUGGAAUCCUGCUUCCACACCACAGACAUGAACAUCGUCCGCGCCACGAUCCAGCGCAUGAAUUCGUCGCUCGCUGCCACCCUGCUCCAGAAGCUCGCUGAGCGCCUCUCCAGCCGCCCUGGCCGCUACGGCCACCUGCUCGUCUGGGUGCAGUGGACAUGCAUUGCGCAUGGCGGCUCGAUUGCGGGGAGGCCGGAGGUGCUGCGCAAGAUUACCGCGCUGUUUAAGGUGAUGGAUCAGCGGUCGGCGAGUUUGCCGUCUCUUCUGUUGUUGAAGGGGAAGUUGGAUAUGCUUGAUGCGCAGCUGGGUCUUAGGCAGAAUCUGCAGCGAGCUGCUGGUCCUGGUGGUCGUGGCCGUGGCGCCGGCACGGUGGGUUCUGAGGAAGAUGAUGAAGAUGAUGUUAUUUAUGUUGAAGGCGAGGAGGAUUUGGUGGAUAGUGAGGAUGAAGAUGGAGAUGGACUCAGACGCAUUAAGGGCACUGCUGCCGCUGGUGGUGUGGCUGCGAAACGAGGCGUGCUCGGUGCGGGUCUCGGCGAUGGAGAGGAAGAGGAUGAUGAGGACAUGCCCUUAGCUAUUAACGGAGUGGCAUCCGAUGAGGAGGAGGAGGAUGGUGAAGAGGAGGAGAGCGAGGACGAGGAGGUAGAGUUAUUUGAUGAUGAGGCAGAGGAAUCUGAGGAUGGAGAAGGUGCCGGUGGGGAAGAUGAUGAGGAAGACGAUGAAGACGACGAGGAUGAAGGGAGUAGCAUGGCGGACUUUAUUGCGGGUUCUGAGGAGGAUGAGUCUAUUGAUCUUGCUCCUACUUCGUCGAAAAAAGGGAAGUUAAAACAUGGAAAAUCGCGAAGAUAGAUGCAUAGAGAUUAUUUUUUGUACUUUGUUUCUUCCCUGUUGUUACCUCACCCAUUUGUUUUCUAUUCAUCCUGUUUCAGGUAUUUUUUUUAUUUCUUUGGGCUUUUUAUAAACACGGUCCAUUAAAAUUUGGUUCUUCGUUCAAGUUUUGCUGGCAGUUAACUAGCUCCCACUCUGCAUGUACGUAACUGGUCUUUGGCUCCUUAGUAUCCUAUCGUGCCUCUCUAGGUAUGAGAUUUUACUUAUAUAAUUUCGAAAUAAAUAUAAACCUAACUCUGAUAAAUAGUCUGUUUCCAACUCCUUCACAGCGUUUAAAAGUAGGUGGUUCAGUC